AUGCGUUGCUCCUCAUUUUUUACUUUCACCUUUUCCCUGGGCAAUGCGGUUGCAACCCUCACUAUCGCUGGCGGAGGCGUUUCGUCUUCCGUUUCCACUAGCAACCAUGAGGUACUCCCACCCCCCAGUAUAAGAUUUCCGGACGAACACCCCAACACCGUUUUUGUGUUUGAUUAUCGCCCUCCUGGAGUUAUCCAAGGUUGCCGCGGUUUUAUUUGCUAUGACUCUUACGGCAAAGAGUCUGAGCUCCCUGGCGAAACAUUUGACCCGAUAGAUUUAAAGCCGUGGAAGAGGAUUCGCGAUGGUUAUCGCGAGUGGAAGAAGCGGCACCCUGAAGAAGACGCCUAUAUUUACAUGGUUGACCAAGAUAAUUUCUCACCAUCCAAAUCUGAUGUCGAAAACCUAUACAGUAACGUCAAUAACUCAAACAUCAGAGGAUGGGCGCCACUGGGAAAGGAUGUAGUCUAUCAUGGAUUGCUUAUUGGCGGGUAUAUAGAAAAUCCCCUUUAUAAAAAGCCAAUGGUGCCAAGAAAGAAACUGGAAAGGUGUUUGGCGAUGAAGAAGCCUGAGCCAAAACAGUUUUAG